AUGGGGCAUAAAUAUCGCAGAUGCAGCAGGGACUUGCCUGAACAUGUGGAGAAAUGGACGUUCGUCAAGCGCACUCUACGCGUACCGGAACAUCUUGUGGCGCCACUGGCUAGAGUAUUGUCGCAAAAGUUUGCAGGUUGCAGUGAUGUUGGUUCCGCCAAAGCGGAGGGUGUGGAGGUUGCGGACGGGUGGUGUGGUGUGGUGUAUAUUCAGCGUCGAUGGUAUGCUGAAGCCGCAACCAACGAUACGAGUUUGAAAUACGAACAGGAUAGUCUUAAUAAAUUGCACAGCGCGUUGAUUGCUUCCGCUAAACGACUGCGGGAACCGCUAGCUGACACGUCACCAGUGGAGGCGUUCGCUGUGCUGCCAACGGAAUUGUGGACGGAAGUUUUCUCCUGCCUGGACACGGUAACGCAGACCAAACUGCGCCGUGUGUGCCCAACAUGGAACGCCAUCCUGGAUUCACCAUAUUUGAUGGGGAAUCUUGUUUUCGACACCCUGGCACUCACGCGGGAUUCUCGUUCUGGCAAUCAUGCAGCGUAUUUUAUCAUCUCAGCUCUCUUCAAGUUCCUCACUCGGUCCACGCAACACCUUCUUCUGGCUGACCGAAAGCGGCGAUUGGGUGAAAUGGGAGUCCAGAAAGUGCUGCACAUUUUUAACUUCAUUACUCAGCGCAGUAAUGGAAUUCGGGUGAAAGCCAUCGUCUUAGUGGGGCUGGAGUUGUGUCUGGUGCGACAUACGUGUAACGCUCGCCAGAACCUGGAAUGCCCGCUUCAUCCACCGCUUUCCGGUGACAGUGACACCAGUUUCGCGGGACAAAACGCGAUUGCAGUAUGGCGUAAUCUUGCUUGCGGUAGUAUUCGCCUGAAACAGUGCACCAUGACGUUGAAAUGCCAGGUGCGAAACUGGGGUUAA